UUCCAUAAUCACAGCGGGCGAGAGCGGAGACUGGGAGCGAAAAAUCCGGGAUCCGGCAACUUUGGGCAGCGCAUGCGCGCCCGCGGCGCUCCAUCCCAAACACACACACAUUUUUCCCCCGGACUUGGAAAGUCACCCAAAGCCGCCCCAAGUGCAGGCAAACAGAACUCGUUGACUGAAGGCAAAGACUCCUUCCAUCUCACCUGCCCUUUCAGCCGCCACGGUUGUCGACCCCCUCCCAUAGAAGGGGAUCCUGUAACCCCAGCAUUGGAGUGGACUUCGGACACCGGCCUCUUGGGAUGCAAAGGAUGAAGUGACGCCCCUGCUGUUAAAGAGGAGCCUCUAGGACCCGCUGCAAGAGUUUGGGACCAAAGAGAGGAGAAUGGAUCUUGGUACAGCUGAAGGCACCCGGUGCACCGACCCGCCCGCAGGCAAGCCCUCGAUGGCGGCCAAGCGCAAAGGCGGCCUGAAGCUCAACGCCAUCUGCGCCAAGCUGAGCCGCCAGGUGGUUGUGGAGAAGGGGGCGGAGGCGGGUCCCCAGGCUGAGGGCAGCCCGCUGCGGCCGCGGGAGCGCGAGGCCGGCGUGGCCCGGGGCGCCCGCAGCGAGGAAGACAAGAGGCGGGCAGUGAUCGAGAAGUGGGUUAAUGGCGAGUACAGCGAGGAGCCCGUGCCCGCGCCCAGCCUGGGGCGGAUCGGCCGCGAGGGCCUGGAGCUGCCCCCUGAGGGCGUCUACAUGGUGCAGCCCCAGGGCUGCAGUGACGAGGAGGACCAUGGCGAAGAGCCCUCCAAGGACGGCAGUGGUGUGGCAGAGGAGAAGGAGUCUAGUGGGGCAGCCUCCAAGGACGACAGCAGCCCCAGUGCCAAGCAGGCUUCAGGAGAGGCCUCCUCGCUCCGGGACUACGCGGCUUCCACCAUGACUGAAUUCCUCGGCAUGUUCGGCUACGAUGACCAGAACACGAGGGAUGAGCUGGCCAGGAAGAUCAGCUUCGAGAAGCUACAGGCGGGCUCCACCCCUGAGGUGGCCAGCUCCUCCGUGCUGCCUGCUUCCGAGGAUGCCCUCAGCAAGCGGGCACGCUUCUCCAAAUACGAGGAGUACAUCCGCAAGCUCAAGGCCGGCGAGCAGCUCUCCUGGCCGGCCCACAGCACCAAGGCCGAGGAGCGGGCGGGCAAGGAGGGGGCGGGGCCCCUGCCUGGCCUGCGGCUGCCCAGCAGCACAGCCCACCUGGAGACCAAGGCUACCAUCCUGCCCCUGCCAUCACACAGCAGCGUCCCCAUGCAGGGCCUGGUGGCCCGAGCCUCCAAGUACGACUUCUUCAUCCAAAAACUGAAGACAGGCGACAACCUGCGGCCCCAGAACGGAAGCACUUACAAGAAGCCAUCCAAGUAUGACCUGGAGAACGUCAAAUACCUCCAUCUCUUCAAGCCCGGGGAGGGCAGCCCCGAUAUGGGCGGGGCUAUUGCCUUCAAGACGGGCAAGGUGGGGCGCCCCUCCAAGUACGACGUCCGGGCCAUCCAGAAGCCGGGCCCCGCCAAGGUCCCACCCACCCCCAGCCUGGCCCCUGCGCCCCUCCCCAGUGUGCCCAGUGCUCCCAGCGCCCCUGGGCCAGGGCCUGAGCCACCUGCCUCCCUGCCCUUCAACACUCCUGAGUACCUGAAGUCGACCUUCUCCAAAACAGACUCCAUCACCACGGGAACCGUCUCCACUGUCAAGAAUGGAUUGCCCACAGAUAAACCAGCUGUCACUGAAGAUGUAAACAUUUACCAGAAAUAUAUUGCCAGGUUCUCGGGCAGUCAGCACUGUGGCCACAUCCACUGCGCCUACCAGUACCGAGAGCACUACCAUUGCCUGGACCCCGAGUGCAACUACCAGAGGUUCACGAGCAAGCAGGACGUGAUCCGCCACUACAACAUGCACAAAAAGCGCGACAACUCCCUGCAGCAUGGCUUCAUGCGCUUCAGCCCGCUGGAUGACUGCAGCGUCUACUACCACGGCUGCCACCUCAACGGAAAGAGCACCCACUAUCACUGCAUGCAGGUGGGCUGUAACAAAGUGUAUACCAGCACAUCAGACGUGAUGACCCACGAGAACUUCCACAAGAAGAACACUCAGCUCAUCAACGAUGGCUUCCAGCGCUUCCGAGCGACGGAGGACUGCGGCACAGCUGACUGCCAGUUCUACGGGCAAAAGACCACCCAUUUCCACUGCAGGCGCCCUGGCUGCACAUUCACCUUCAAGAACAAGUGUGACAUCGAGAAGCACAAAAGCUAUCACAUCAAGGACGAUGCGUACGCCAAGGACGGCUUCAAGAAGUUCUACAAGUACGAGGAGUGCAGGUACGAGGGCUGCGUGUACAGCAAGGCCACCAACCACUUCCACUGCAUCCGCGCCGGCUGCGGCUUCACCUUCACCUCCACCAGCCAGAUGACCUCACACAAGCGCAAGCACGAGCGCAGGCACGUCCGCUCCUCCGGCGCGCUGGGGCUGCCGUCCUCGCUGCUGGGCGCCAAGGACACGGAGCACGAGGAGUCGAGCAACGACGACCUGGUCGACUUCUCGGCCUUGAGCAGCAAGAACUCCAGCCUCAGCGCCUCCCCGACCAGCCAGCAGUCCUCCGCCUCCCUGGCCGCUGCCGCCACUGCCACUGCCGAGGCCGUGCCUGGCGCCACCAAGCCUCCCAACAGCAAGAUCUCCGGGCUGCUGUCCCAGGGCCUGCCCGCGUCCAUCCCGCUGGCACUGGCCCUCUCCAACUCGGGCCUGCCCACCGCCGCCCCCUACUUCCCCAUCCUGCCUGGCCGGAGCGGUGCCUCCCUGCCUGUGGGCACCCCUGGCCUCCUGGGGGCCAUGUCAUCGGGGGCAGCGGCCUCAGCAGCCGCUGACACACCUGCUCUGGCUGCCUCGGGAGCCGGCGACUCUGCCCCUGCGGCUGCCUCCUCUGUCCCGGUGCCCCCCGCCUCUAUCAUGGAAAGGAUCUCAGCGAGCAAGGGCCUCAUCUCACCCAUGAUGGCCAGGCUGGCCGCUGCUGCCCUCAAGCCCUCUGCCACUUUUGACCCAGGAAGCGGGCAGCAGGCCACCCCCGCCAGGUUCCCCCCGGCCCCGGGGAAGCAGGAGCCUGGUGAGAACGCUGGUGCCCCGGUUCCCCACGAGGUCUCCCAGGACCGCAGUUUAGACCUGACUGUGAAGGAGCCCAGUAAUGAAUCAAAUGGCCACGCAGUCCCGGCAAAUUCAUCUCUUUUAUCCUCGCUUAUGAAUAAGAUGUCUCAGGGCAACCCCAACCUCGGCAGCCUGUUGAACAUCAAGACGGAAGCAGAGGGCAGUGCCGCCAUGGAGUCCUCGCCCUUCCUGGGCAAGGCUGUGAAGGCGCUGGUUCAGGAGAAGCUGUCCGAGCCCUGGAAGGUGUACCUUCGAAGGUUUGGCACCAAGGACUUCUGUGACGCCCAGUGUGACUUCCUGCACAAGGCCCACUUCCACUGCGUGGUGGAGGAGUGCGGCGCGCUUUUCAGCACCCUGGACGGGGCCAUCAAGCACGCCAACUUCCACUUCCGGACGGAGGGAGGAGCAGUGAAGGGAAACACGGAGACCUCCUUCCCCACCUCGGCUGCUGAGACCAAACCUGCCUUGGCCCCGUCAUCCCCUCCAGCGCCUCCUGUCACCACAGCCACAGUAUCCUCCCUGGAGGGUCCCACUCCCAGCCCGGCUGCCGUGCCCUCCACCCCCACGCUGCUCGCCUGGAAGCAGCUGGCUUCCACCAUCCCCCAGAUGCCUCAGAUUCCAGCGUCAGUGCCUCACCUGCCCACUUCGCCCUUGGCAACGACUUCUCUAGAAAACGCCAAGCCCCAGGUCAAACCCGGAUUCCUCCAGUUCCAGGAGAACGACCCUUGCCUCACGACGGACUGCAAGUACGCCAACAAGUUCCACUUCCACUGUCUCUUUGGGAACUGCAAGUACGUGUGUAAAACCUCCGGCAAGGCCGAGUCGCACUGCCUGGACCACAUCAACCCCAGCAACAACCUGGUGAACGUGCGAGACCAGUUCGCAUACUACUCCCUGCAGUGUCUCUGCCCCAACCAGCACUGCGAGUUCCGGAUGCGCGGACACUACCACUGCCUCCGGACCGGCUGCUACUUCGUGACCAACAUCACCACCAAGUUGCCAUGGCACAUAAAGAAGCAUGAGAAGGCCGAGCGGCGGGCGGCCAACGGGUUUAAGUACUUCACCAAGCGCGAAGAGUGUGGCAGGCUAGGCUGCAAGUACGACCAGGUGAGCAGCCACUUCCACUGCAUCCGCGAGGGCUGCCAGUUCUCCUUCCUGCUCAAGCACCAGAUGACCUCCCACGCCCGGAAGCACAUGCGGAGGAUGCUGGGGAAGAACUUCGAUCGCGCGCCCCCUGCCCAGGGCCCCCCGAGCCUGAUGGAUGCGGAGACAGAUGACUACAUGGACUACACGGGCUGCAGCCCUGGCGCCGUGUCCUCCGAGUCGUCCACCAUGGACCGGAGCUGCUCCAGCACCCCGGUGGGCAACGAAAGCACUGCAGCCGGCUGCCCGGCUCCUCUUCCUCCUCCUCUUCCUCCUCCUGCUGCCGCUGGCGACGAGGCUGCCCGCGGGGCUCCGCAGCCCCCACUGACCCCAUCCUUCUCAGCCGCCGUGCUCCGGGCGCCCCUCCCCUCCCUCCCAUGCCUCUUUUCUCCGCCCUGUCUCUCAUACUCUCUGCUCAGUGCCACUCUCGGAGCCACGCGGGGCCUGGGCCACCCUGUCGGCAGCCCCCCCCGCUUCCCGCCCGCCACUGCCACUCCAACUCCAGUAAAAAGUGACGUACCCCUAGUUCAGGAUGCCGCAGGGAACACCAUCUCCAUGCCGACAGCCUCCGGGGCCAAGAAGCGCUUCUGGAUCAUUGAGGACAUGUCGCCCUUCGGCAAGAGGCGCAAGACGGCCUCCUCGCGGAAGAUGCUGGACGAGGGCAUGAUGCUGGAGGGCUUCCGGCGCUUUGACCUCUACGAGGACUGCAAGGACGCCGCGUGCCAGUUCUCGCUCAAGGUCACCCACUACCACUGCACGCGGGAGAACUGCGGCUACAAGUUCUGCGGGCGCACGCACAUGUACAAGCACGCACAGCACCACGACCGCGUGGACAACCUCGUGCUGGACGACUUCAAGCGCUUCAAGGCCUCACUCAGCUGCCACUUCGCCGACUGCCCCUUCUCCGGCAGCAGCACGCACUUCCACUGCCUGCGCUGCCGCUUCCGCUGCACCGACAGCACCAAGGUCACGGCGCACCGCAAGCACCACGGCAAGCAGGACGUGAUCAGCGCGGCGGGCUUCUGCCAGUUCAGCUCGAGCGCCGACUGCGCGGUGCCCGACUGCAAGUACAAGCUCAAGUGCUCGCACUUCCACUGCACCUACCCGGGCUGCCGCCACACGGUGGUGGGCAUGUCGCAGAUGGACUCGCACAAGCGCAAGCACGAGAAGCAGGAGCGCGGGGAGCCGCCCGCCGCGUCCCCGGGCCCCGCCGUCGGCCUGGACGGGGCGCUGUCGCUGGGUGCCGAGCCCGGGGGCGCCCUGCUCUUCCUGCCGCCCGCCGCCGCCGCCGCCGCUCCCGGCGGGCCGGGGGCACUAGGGCUGGGCGACGCGGGCGAUCCCGGUGACCCCGGCCCGCCCGACGGCCCCGGGUCCCGCGAUGGCCCCGCUGUGCCGGCACCUGGCCCCGCGGCCGGGGAGUCAUCGCAGGAGGACGAGGAGGAGGAGCUGGAGCUGCCCGAGGAGGAGGCGGACGAUGACGAGGACGAUGACGAGGACGACGACGACGAGGACGACGACGACGAGGACGACGACGACGACGAGGACCUGCGCACCGACUCGGAGGAGUCGCUGGCUGAGGCGGCGACGGCGGCGGCGGGGCCCGGGGCGCGGAGCCCGGAGCUGGCGGCCCCCGCGCCCGCCGCAGCCUCUCCCUAGCCGGCCGUCGGGGGUGGGGGGGGCCCGGGGCCGGGGCCGCCUCGCACGCGCCCCCUGCCCUGGUGGCCACUGCGAUUCCCUUCGUAAGAGAUGCUGUUUCUGGGCAGCGCUGCCCUCGGUCCAGAGCGAGACGGUCGCCCCCGCUGCCGGGCUCGGGGCGGCCCCGCCGGUGCUUCCGGACCCCGAGUCCGUCUCAGGACAGAGGCGGGGGCCUCCCUCUGGUGCUCCGGGGCCGCCCCCGCCCCGCCCGUGGCGCGCGGCCCGCGGCUGGAAGGACAGGCUGCGAGCGACCCUCCUCUGGCUGCACGUCGGGGAUCUUCUUCUUCAGGGAAACAGAAGGUGCUCUUGUCCGGGGUGGGACCGAGGAGCAGGGGCCCCCACCCCCCAGGGCCAGGCGGGCGCCGACGACCGGGCAGCCGCCCCCGCACGCCCCUCCCCGCGGCCGGACCCCGGGCCCCACGACCAGGCCGGUGGGAUUCCUCAUUGCUCAGGACUGGGAAGGGCACUGGGGGUCACCGCGACCCCCACCCUCACCCCCAGAGGCGGGCCCCAGCAGCAUCUGGCAGGGCCUUCCAUUCAUGCAGCUAAGACGCCCCCUCCGGGCCCUGGGGCGUGGGGGGGGCGGGGCAGAGGCGACACUGCAGGGACCGCGGAGGGAACCUCACAGAAGGAUUAGGCGAGCUGGGAGGCCGAGGCGCUGCGCCCCACCGCGGGGCCCAGCCCUGGCGUCUGCUCCCGAGGGUUGGGGCCCUCAGCCUGCCCUUCGGUGACUCCCAGGCCCCAGCUUCUCCCCCUGGGGGGAGGCCGAGGCUAGGUGUGCUUCCAAACCAACGGAGCAGCGGGUGCUGGGGUGCUGGGCCCUGCAGGGGUUUCAGCCACCUACGUGGUGGGAACAGGAAGGAUACCACUGUUUGGGGCUUUAAUAUUCAAAAUGGGGGGAAAAAUGCAAGAAAGUUGUACAGUAUUUUUCCUGUAAAGGUUAUUAUUCUACAUAGAACAAAAAAAAAAAAAAAAGAAAAAAAGAAAAAAAAAAGGCAGGCGGGCCCCAAGAGCACAGGCCCGCCUCGGACCAGCCCUGAGGUUGGAGACCGAGUGCAAUCGCUCACGUGGGAUUUCGUUUCGCAUCGAUUUUCGAGGCCUUACCAGUCUGAGGCUGUCUGUCCUUACACUAGCACUGACGGGAGCUGCGUGAUUCCAACUUUUAACUUGAAUUUUGUAGAAACAAGGAAAAAGGACUAUUACUGUUGAUACAAGUUUGUAGUUAACUUAACAAUUGAGUUUUUCUCUAUUGGUUAUGCGUGUGGCUUUAUAGGGCUUUUUUUUUCCCAGUUUGUUUUUAUUUUU